AUGAGCUCCUCCACUAGUAGGAUGGAACAGAACAGAACAGAAGAAGCGACCAAUUAUGACUUUCAGGGUUUUGACUCAGAGGAAGAAUUAAACCCGCUUCCUUCUGGAGUCGGCCAGGAUUCAGAGGACUUAGAUGAACAGGACCAAAUUGGCUCACCUGACUCCGUAAAUAAAUCAUCUCCAGAAGAGACCAAAAAGUCAGGCAUGAGAGGGCUCAUCAGCAGGAUGAAAGCUAUUUCUGUCCAAACAUUUGCUCAAGAGUCAAUCCUGAAUGUGAGGUCUAGAGUCAGGCGUAGGCUGGCCCACCGUCAAAGACAGGAAGCUGACACUUCAGAUACUUCAAUGCUUCUGGAGAGUGAGGAUAGUCUUUCAAAUGAGAUAAUUACCCCCCGAAGAUCAGCAUACAAAAAGUGA